CACACACACACACACGGACUGGUUCUCUCUCUCUCUCUCGGAGUCUGAAGCUCUGUAGCUCUGUGUUUGGAUCUUUUGCUAAUUUAUUCUCUACACAGCUUUGGAGUUUGGGGAAGAAAAGGCGGGGCAUUGGGUGGGGUUUACGAGGCGAUUGCUUUCCUCUUCUUUGGUGCUCUGCGGCUCUUUUGCUCUCCCCUGAUCUCUGCUACUUUCCCUUACCAAUGGUGCACCGACAACUGUUACUUCGUCCUGGGGCUGCUGGAGCUUCCGUUCAUGGCCGUUUCUCGCCUCUGCAUUUCCAUUACUGAGUCUGGGUUGUCUGUGUCUAUUAUGCAAUCUGAUCUGAAAUUCGCAGCUGGAAAAGAAAUAUUUCGACUUUCCUCAUUACAAGUUUCUGUGGAGACAAGAAGCUGAUAAUUAUAAAUACCGUUGGAGUCCUGAGAACAUAUCUGGUCUAUGGAAUAUCUUUCAGAGCUUAAAAGCAGCUCAAAGGAUCGACAGCCUUUAGGAACUUCUGGGAAGCCCUUACUGCCCCAAUCAAUUCAAAGGAUAAAGCCGCCAGACAGGUUAAAAACCGAAAAGCCUAAUUUGUCGUACGCUGAUCUCCAUAAUGAAAUUACUAAGAAUGCAAAGGACAUCCCACCUAAAUCUUCUGGUAAUCUCCAAAAACAACAGACUGAUAGGAAGCCAACCGAAGAAGAAGAACUUGUAAAGUACAUGUCAAAUUUGCCAAGUUAUCUGGAAAGAAGGGUGAACCCGCAGGAGAAAGUUUUAAAUGUUGGGGUCCUUGACUGGGGGCGUCUUGAAAAUUGGCGUUAUGGUCAUAGACAGAUUCCAGAUGAGAGUAGCCGGUAUUCACCCUCCAGUAGUAAUACAUCAUCAGCAUUUUCAACAGAUGGAUCAUCUGCUGAUUCUAGAAGAUCUCAUAGUCGCUCUCCUGCUCGUUCAAGGACACGCCGUCCUUCACUACAAUGUCAUCUGAUGGCAUCUCCAAUAGAAGGGCAUUCUCAAGAUGUCAAAGUGCAUGGAGGAAGCAUUGGAAAGUUCCAAGAUCUUAAACGUGCCCAGAGUAAGAUCUUGAGUGAGCAGGAGAAGUUCAUCAGAAGAGAUCAGCCUUUUUGUGAUCCAGAAAUCAAACAGGAAGAGUGCAAGAGAAAAGAUCCAGAAACAAAGAUUAAUCGAGGAAGCGGAACUGUCCCAAAUGAUCUGAAUUAUGAGGUGGCAUCAUGUACAAGGUUACAGACAAAGACUCAAGAUGGUGAAAUUAAGAAGAGAGCAGAGAAGUUGCGAGAACCAAAUUCAAAUAAUUUUGACCAAGAUGUCUCCAAAGAGCGUAAAACUGUUGUUCUACUUUUGCCAAGAGAUCUCCCCAAAAAACAUCAUUCUGGAGUGUCCCAGUUUUCUGAUCUGACAACAAAAUUAAGUCGAAGAUCUGCAGAAGCAAGUCGAAGGAGCUUUUCAGAGACAUCUAAGGAUAUUUUCCAUGGAGAGCUCAAUUUUGAUAUCCCACACUCAUGCCCGCUGCCUCGUGAAGCUGACAGCGAACACUCUCAGGUAAAGCAGCCGAGCACCAUAGAUGCAAAAAGUGUCAACUUUUCAUCUGAUACACCUAACCUUGUACCACGUUCAGCCAAAGCAGGAAUCGGUCCAGCUAGAUCCAGAAAUUUAGGAGAAAGAAAAUCAACUUUAACACCCACCAAUACAAUAAAUGAACCUUUGAAGAGGUUGGAUGUGAAAGUAAACAAAGCAACAGAUGAAAAAGAAAGAAGCUCUUCACCUUUUCGCCGACUUAAUAUCAGUUUGGGUAAGAUGAGCAAAAGUUUCAGCUCCAAAGAGGGUUUAGAUACACCACAGCUGAGGUCAACAUAUACUUCUGCUAAGUCUGCUUCUGAGAAAUUUGCAGCUUCUGAUUGUUUGGAUAUUUCAAACACUGAUAAACUCAACGAUACGAGCAGAGCCAGGUCCAGCCCUCUUAGAAGGUUAUUCGACCCAUUACUGAAGCCAAGGGCAGCCAACUGCCGUCAUAUUGUGGAGCCAUUACAGAGAGAAUCUGUAUCAAUGGACAGGGCUUGUAAAAAUUCUGAUGGAAAAUUAGAUUCUUCAACUUUGCGUUCUGGGAAAUUAAAAUUAGAUACGACAGUUCAAGCUCUUCUGCGAGUUGCAAUUAAAAAUGGCCAGCCUCUGUUCACAUUUGCAGUUGACAAUGGCAGUGAUAUUCUUGCAGCUACAAUGAAAAGGUUAAGUACCCCAAGAAAGGGUGACUACAGCUUGAUUUUUACAUUCUUCACUAUCCGAGAGGUCAAGAAGAAGAAUGGAAGUUGGAUAAAUCAAGGAGGUAAAAGCAAAGGCAAAGGUCAUGAUUACGUUUCUAAUGCCGUUGCACAAAUGAAGGUUUUUGAUUCUCAGUUUUCCAAUUCGAUAGGACAGCAUUGUAUGGAUCAGUUCUGCACGAGAGAAUCUGUUUUGUUCUCAGUGGACCUAAGACAGGCAGACCAGCAAACCUCUGAUUUCCAGCCAAAUGAUGAGCUUGCUGCUAUUGUUGUCAAAAUUCCAAAAAGUAUCAAUAGAAGUUCCAUCAGAGAUUUGUUAGAUGUUGGCUCAAAAGAGAGGUUGUCUGGGGUAGGAUGUUGUUCCAACACUGGGGGACUAGUUCAGGAGCUGCCUUUUCUUGGUACUAAGGACCUUGUUAGUGCAACAGUCCUACUUCCAAGUGCUGUGCAUAGUCUUCCAACUAAGGGAGGACCUUCAUCGUUGAUUGAACGUUGGAAAUCGGGUGGAUUAUGUGACUGUGGAGGAUGGGAUUUGGGUUGCAAACUUCAGAUUCUUUCCAACCAGAAUCAUAUCAGUAAGAAAUCGGAUUCGUCCAAAGCCUUUUCCAUAACGGAGAAAUUUGAGCUUUUCUGUCAGGAUGGAGUUGAAGUAAACCAGCCUCUCUUCAGUUUGGCCCCAUUUAAAGAUGGGGUCUAUUCAGUUGAGUUCAAUUCUUCACUCUCAAUUUUGCAAGCAUUCUCCAUUUGUAUAGCAGUAUUAGACAGUAAGAAACCAUUUGAGCUUUCAGAACCGAGCGACUCUUUCGAAGAAAAAACUUUGGUGGAAACCAUAUCAAUGCAAACUGAUAGAAUAAGGGCACCCAAUCGAGUUGAAGAAGUUCCUGCAAGAUAUGUCUCAUAUCCACCCCUCUCUCCUGUUGGGAGGGUCUAGAAUGAAUCAUCUUGUAGUUACACACUGAUGGUUUAGGUAAAUAUUCUGUUGGCUUGGUGGCAAUGUACUAAACCUGCACAGGUUUUAUACCCCUGUCGAUUGGGUUCUGUUAUUCAUAUGUGCACCUAAAUGGAAAAAUGAUCUUUCAACUCACCAUGUCCUUCGCAGUCGCAGGGAAAGGUACCCAGAGCCCUGUGUGUUUUGUGGUACUUUUUACUACAGCAGCAAUAGCAAAUGUACUAAGAGAAAAACAAUCUUCAUCAAUUAAUUGUUCAUAUUAUGAAUUUAUGAGUGAAUGGUAUUUUACUUUUCUAGUUGCA